UAUAUAUAUAUAUAUGAGAUGAGACAUGGCAUGCCCCAUGGCUGGUACAAUUUUGCUUCGCCUGCUCAAAGAUUCAAGAAGAGGCUUGUUUUUGGUACCUAUUUUCUUGGCUUUUGGGACCUCGUUUUUCAUUUACUUCUCCAUAUCUUCUACCUUGAAACUUCAUAUUGUUCCGGGGCAAACCCGGCUUCAUGUGAAUCUUCCUCUCGAGUUAUCAAAACUUAAUCCGGAACAUGUGCAUCCUCUCUUGAUUAAAAGAGCUUCAUUCGAGGAACGGACUAACAGUUUGGCUCUUGAUGAAAUCCCGGUUUUGACAAACGACAGUGAAGAUGAUGUUAAUGUUCAAGAAUCAGUGGGAUUCAGUGAAAUCCAUCCUUUAUCAAAUGUUAGCAAGGGUGAUGUUGAUCAUCAGGGGUCAAGUGGAAAUAAAGAGAGUAAUAGCGAAGUAUUUCACGACAUAACUCUCUUCGAGGAAGACUACAAGGAAAUGAACAAAAGCUUAAAAAUCUACGUAUAUCCCCACACGAAAAAUGAUCGCUUCGCUAAUAUUCUUCUCCCGGUGGACUAUGAACCUGGUGGCAACUAUGCAAGUGAAAGUUAUUUCAAGAAAUCUCUAUUCAGAAGCCAUUUCAUAACAAAUGACCCUUCAGAAGCAGACCUUUUCUACAUGCCAUUUUCAAUAGCAGGAUUGAGACAUGACAAGAGAGUUGGUGUUGGAGGGAUUAAGAAAUUCAUCAAAAACUAUGUUGACAACAUUAGUGUUAAGUAUCCUUACUGGAAUCGAAGUGGCGGCGCGGAUCAUUUCUACGUGGCGUGUCAUUCUGUGGGGAGAACCGCCAUGGAAAAAGCUGUUGAAGUGAAACUGAAUGCAAUUCAAGUUGUUUGCUCAUCAAGUUAUUUCCUUUCCGGGUAUGUUACUCAUAAAGAUGCAUCCAUUCCACAGAUUUGGCCAAGGAAAGGGGAACCCCCGAUUCGUGCACCAUCUCAAAGGAAAAAGCUGGCCUUCUACGCCGGAGCCAUGAACUCUCGUGUUCGAGAGUUUCUUGUUAACACCUUUGAAAACGACUCCGGCAUGUCCAUCCAUCGUACUCGCCUGAAAUCGCCGUAUUCGGAAGCACUUUUAGGUAGCAAAUAUUGCAUCCACGCCAAAGGAUUUGAAGUAAACACAGCUCGUAUUGGUGACGCUUUAUACUACGGCUGUGUCCCUGUGGUUUUGGCAGAUCACUAUGAUCUCCCAUAUGCUGACAUUUUGAACUGGAAUAGCUUCUCUCUCGUCCUUUCGACAGCGGAUAUUCCAUUGCUGAAAAAAGUACUUGAAGGAAUAGAGUUUGAGGAGUACUUGAAAUUGCAGAAUAAUGUAAUGAAAGUGCAGAAGCAUUUUCAAUGGCAUAAUUUUCCAGUUGAUUUUGAUGCUUUUCAUAUGGUUAUGUAUGAGUUAUGGCUUAGAAGAAGUCAUGUCAGAAUCCCUGUUGGCUCUUGAACACCAGAUUUAUGGUUUGUGUAGAUAUUGUUUGGGUACUGUCUGUCAAUAAUAUAAAUAAUUGGGGGGUUGGGGUUCAUGUAAUUUAUUUAGAGCCUAUUUGUCUACCAUUACGGGAGAAAUUAUAUAAUUUUGAAUAAUAUUUUUUGAAGAA